AUGGCAAGCCAGGUCGAAGCCGCCUAUCAUGCGGCUGUCGAGGACCUGCGGGACCUAGAAUAUCCCAUGCUCAAGGAUAGCAUCUACCUGGACCAUGCAGCGUCCACGCCGUCUCCCAAGUCCCUUAUGGACGCCUUUGCCGCCGAGAUGACCUCGACGCUCUACGGGAAUCCGCACUCGGCAUCGUGGCCCUCCCAGCUCUCGGCCACGCGCAUCGAUGACGUUCGGCUGAGCCUGCUGGGCUUCUUCAACGCCGAUCCCGCCGAGUACGACCUCGUCUUCGUGGCCAACGCCACGGCUGGCGUGAAGCUCGUUGUCGAGGCCAUGAGGUCGCUGCCCAACGGCUACGUAUAUGCCUACCAUCAAGCAUGUCACACGAGCUUGGUCGGAGCCAGGGAGGAUGCGCGCUCCAGCACAUGUCUUGAUGACAGCGGCGUGCAGUCAUGGCUCGAUGGCGUCGACCCGUUUGACACAGCGCCACAAGCACCGUCGGCCAGGCUGUUCUCCUUCUCUGCCCAAUCUCACAUGGACGGCCGGAGAUAUCCACUGUCGUGGCCCAGAGAUUUGCAGGACAGGACUGAAGCAGCCUCACCGCGCUUGUAUACUCUCCUUGAUGCCGCAUCUCUGGGUGCGACCUCGCAGCUGCAUCUCGGGUCGCCUGUCUUCGCUGCCGACUUCACCCUUCUCAGCCUGUACAAGAUUUUUGGGUUUCCCGAGCUCGGUGUCAUCAUCAUACGCCGUUCUGCCGAGCCUGAGCGCUGGCACGUCCGGAAGACGCAAUCUCUUCAUGAGCGCCUAGAAGACGGUACACUGCCUUUUCAAAGCAUCAUGGCCAUCGAUGCAGCGUUGAAGGUGCACAAAAAGCUAUUCGGGUCGAUGAACAACAUUGCCGCUCACACGAGCUACCUGGCCAUCAAACUGCGUGAUGGUCUCCGCUCCCUGCGACACGGGAACGGGCGGCCGGUUUGCGUCAUGUACAAUGCUACUGCAGAGGACCGGGAGGGGCAGGGCAUCGGCCCAGUCGUGUCCUUCAACAUCGUCAACGGCGCAGGGGGCUGGGUCAGCCUUGCCGAGUUUGAAAAGCUGGCGAUUUUGAGAAACAUGCACGUCCGAACAGGAGGGCUGUGUUGUCCAGGGGGAAUAGCAUCCACACUUGGGCUGGAACCUUGGGAACUGAAGAGGAACCUCUCGGCCGGGUAUCGAUGCGGAACCGAGAGCGACAUUAUGACGGGGAAGCCGCAUGGCGUCAUCAGAGCCAGCCUCGGUGCCAUGAGUAUCGCAUCCGACGUCGAUAGCUUUACCGAGUUUGUCAGAGAGUUCUUUGUUGAAGGCACGCCGCCGCCGCCAGAUAUCAACCUAGACAGGAGUACGAAAGCCCGAAAUUCACGCACUCUCAGGGUGAAGGCGAUGACUGUCUACCCCAUCAAAAGCUGUGGAGGCUUCGUCAUUCCGCCAGGACUUCGCUGGGGAGUCAGGGCAGAAGGUCUGGCCUGGGAUCGAGAGUGGUGCCUGGUACAUCGAGGUUCUGGCCAAGCUCUCAGCCAAAAGCGUUAUCCCAACAUGGCCCUUUUGCGGCCGGUCCUGGAUCUCGAACGCGGGAUCAUGCGGGUGGUGUUCCACGGACCCUCGCAAGAAUCCAAGCAUCCUUAUGUGGAAAUACCGCUGUCAGCCAACCCGGCUCUGUCCCAUGACAAGUCUCGCCAAAUGGCGCCGCGCGUCUGCGGAGAGCAAGUAUACGCACAGGCCUACGUUUCAAACGAGAUGAAUGAUUUCUUCGCCAAUGCACUAGGGGUGCCAUGUGUACUGGCUCGGCUUCAGAAGCAUCAGCGAGUGGCCGUGCUGCGGAGCAUUCCGGGCUCGUUCCCUGACGUGCCCUCCCCGCCGGACUCAGACUCGGAGCAGCAGCAGCAGACCAGGAUUUUGCUCUCAAAUGAGAGCCCGAUUCUACUGGUCCACAGCUCCAGCGUGGAUGCAUUGAACUACGAUAUCAAAAGCAGAGGUGGGGACGCAGUGGCGGAAUCCACGUUUCGGGCGAACAUAAUUGUGGAAAGUCUGCCGGGGGGACUUGGAGAGCCGGCGUACUCGGAGGAUACAUGGAGCCGGAUCCGGAUCGGAGACGAGGACUUUAAACUACUUGGAGCUUGCCGGCGGUGCCAGAUGGUGUGCGUCGACCAGGUUACGGCGGAGAGAAGGCAAGAACCGCUCACGACAUUGGCCAAGACGAGAAGGUUCGACAGCAAGGUGUACUUUGGCGCGCAUAUGCGUCACGAACCAGGAGAUGAGGGACAUGGUCCGCCGAGCCUCCCGCCGACCAUUGAGGUUGGAGAACCGGUCCUUGUUUACGACGGGCACUAUCAGUAA